GCAGCGGCGGCGGCAGGAUGUUAGGGCAGCAGCAGCAGCAACUCUACUCGUCGGCGGCGAUCCUGACCGGGGAGCGCAGCCGGCUCCUCACCUGCUACGUGCAGGACUACCUCGAGUGUGUGGAGUCGCUGCCCCACGACAUGCAGAGGAACGUGUCCGUGCUGCGGGAGCUGGACAACAAAUAUCAAGAAACAUUAAAGGAAAUUGAUGACGUCUAUGAAAAAUAUAAGAAAGAAGAUGAUUCAAACCAGAAAAAACGCCUGCAGCAGCAUCUCCAGAGAGCAUUAAUCAAUAGUCAAGAACUGGGAGAUGAAAAAAUUCAGAUCGUUACACAAAUGCUCGAAUUGGUGGAAAAUCGGGCAAGGCAAAUGGAGCUACAUUCACAGUGUUUUCAAGAUCCUGCUGAAAGUGAACGAGCCUCCGAUAAAGCAAAAACGGAUUCUAGCCAACCAGAAAGAUCUUCAAGGAGACCCCGAAGACAGCGAACCAGUGAAAGCCGUGAUUUAUGUCACAUGACUAAUGGCAUUGAAGACUGUGAUGAUCAGCCACCUAAAGAAAAGAAAUCCAAGUCAGCCAAGAAAAAGAAACGCUCCAAGGCCAAGCAGGAAAGGGAAGCUUCACCUGUUGAGUUUGCAAUAGAUCCCAAUGAACCUACAUACUGUUUAUGUAACCAAGUGUCUUAUGGGGAGAUGAUCGGAUGUGAUAAUGAACAGUGUCCAAUUGAGUGGUUUCACUUUUCGUGUGUUUCACUGACCUAUAAACCAAAGGGGAAAUGGUAUUGCCCCAAGUGCAGGGGAGAUAAUGAGAAAACAAUGGACAAAAGUACUGAAAAGACAAAAAAGGAUAGAAGAUCGAGGUAGUAAAGGCAUCCACAUUUUAAAGGGUUAUUUGUCUUUUAUAUAAUUCUUUCAGAAUUUACUUUCAGAAAAUGUUUUAGGGUAAAUGCAUAAGACUAUGCAAUAAUUUUUAAUCAUUAGUAUUAACGGUGUAUUAAAAGUUGUUGUACUUUGUCUGUGACCUUAAUUUUCUGCACUGAAUUACCAAAUAUUCCAAACCAGGUAGUCUGUAGAUCACCUCAUGAAAGGAGCAGGGAACAGGGAGAGGGUGGUGUAAACACUAUAAAAACUUCACAGGCCAUGCCUAUUUCAUUUUCACCUAAAAUGCAGUUCUAUGUUUUGGGUUAACACCAAAGUUUUGCUGGCAUUUUCUUUCUACAUGCUUAAAAAAUUUUAGAUAAUAGUUGGGAGUUCUCUGCAAGCGUAAAAUCAUUGUGGGUAAUUUAAAAUAUGAACACUAUAUACCAUUUAGAGCUGCUUUCUCCCUGGCCCUUUUUAUACAUACACUUGUUCAUCUCUAGUCUUCCCAGAAUUUAAGGAAUCGGAGAGAAUAACUUGGGAUUCCACGUGGAAUAAUGUGCUCUUAUUAGAGUAUUUGCUGCUGUCUUUUCAUUGGUAGUAUUUUGAUAAACUGUUAGCCCAUUUGUAAAUGCCUUGCUGCUGCUUCAUAGACACAUCUAAUUUAACGCUUAAUAAGGGAGUUGUGUUUUGUUUUGUGUUCAUUGGGACAGGUAAGAGUAGUUAGACACCAAAAAUGCUACCAUUGGCUUAUAUUGGCAAAAUUUGGGUUAUGUAGUAUGGUUCAAGGUUAAACAUUGAAAAGAAGUCCAUCCUGUUUAAUAAUAUUUUCUACAUUGACCCACCGCUGAGAUGCCUAGACAAAGGUCUCUCACUGGGAUAAGGGCAUAUACUAGUCUUUAAAUACUGUUUUUAUGUCAAACAGAAACUUAAUUUUGCUACUGGCUAUAGUUCAUUUCUGUCCCAAUCAGUGAUGAUAUAUUAUUUUAAGUAACAAUGUAUUUCCUUUCUUAACUUUUUGGUAUUGGUGCUGUUUGAUGCUUUCACGUUUAGUGAUCUAAUUUCAUUAUGAUGAUGCAAUUAAUAAUGUAUUUGUAAAGUGAAUUUUCCAAAAUCCUGAUAUUUUAAGGGUGAGCAUCUUGAUGGAUGUAUGUCCAUAUAUUCAGAGAAUUUUUUGUUUUUUGGGGGGAUCGGGCCAGUGGAUUGAGUAGUCCUUUAAAUCUAUGUGUAACAUAUUUUUUAUUCCUCAUUUCUUCCUAAUCUGAUGAUCUUGAUUCUUUUUUGAUUAACAUGUGAAAAAUUC